AUGGUGUCAUUGCAAUUAGCACAUCAACUUGAUAAUAAGAAUGUCUUAUUAAUCGGUGGAGGGAAAAUGGGUGUCACUAGAUUAAAGAAAUUGUUGCCCGUUGGAAGUAAAGUUACUUUGGUGUCGCCUAGAUUUGAUCCAUCCAUUUCCAAAUCAGGCAUGUUCCCACAUCAACUGCCAUCUCAGGAUGGGGAGAAAGUGAUUAUCAACGCCGAUUGGAGACAUCAGGAUGAAAAGACCGGUGAAGAGACUGUUCAAAUUUAUAAAGUCAUUCAAGAUGAGUUCAAAGAAGAAUAUUUCAAUUUGGAUGGUGAAGAGGAAUACUGGCAUUUAAUCCUUGUUUGCAUUGCUAGUGACAACAAAUCAGAAGAGAUCCAUGCUCUUGCUAAGAAAAAAUACGGGAACCAACAAAUGGUAAAUGUUGCUGAUAAACCUGCAUUAUGUGAUUUCUUCUUUGGUGCCAACGCUACUUUAGGUGGCGGCCUUCAAUUGAUGAUCAGUAGUAAUGGUAUCAGUCCAACUUUGGGUGGUAUUGUUAGGGAUGAGAUCACCAGACAUUUCCAAAGCAUGGAUUUUGAUGAAUCCAUGAAGAGACUGGGGGAUUUAAGAGUCAAGAUAAGAAAGGCUACUACCAAUCCAUCUGGACCAGACAAACCUGAAGAUAUUCAAUACCGUAUGAGAUGGAUUAAGACUGCCACUGAUUUCUUUGGAUUGAAGAACUGUGAAAGGAUUGACGUCGAAAAGUUGGUCGCUCUCUUCCUUGAAAUGAGAGCUGACAAUAUGAGCCUCAAGUUUGCCUCACCAGAGGAGAUGGUUGCCACGUAUGCUCCAAGUAAAUAA